UUCUGGAAGCGGUACGGCAGCGGCACCUCGCGCGUCGAGCGGUACUGGUCGACGUUGCCCUGCAGCGCAAAGGCGCGUCAGUGGCUGCUGCAUUCUGCGGCGCGGCAUCGGCUCUCACCAGGUGCUCGUUCUCCAGACGGUAGAUGUUCCACUGGCAGCGGCCUGUAGAGUCAUGUCAGCCAAAGGAGCCAAGCUUCGUGCUCGCAACGAACUCACGAAGCAUCUCGAGCAGUGCAAUCAAGAACGCCUUGAGCGUGAGCGACGCCGGCCCGCCAACGCCAGGCAGGUAGAUGACCCAGGUGAAGCGCAGCAUGACGUUCGUCACGAUGGCGACGUAGUAGCACGGCGGCGCAAAGAGCAGCUCGUCGCGCAGCAGCGGCCAGCGGGCGCGCGGACGCAGCAGCGACCAGUCCAUCGUCAGGUCCCACGCGCUCGUGGCCAGCGAGUAGAGCGUGGCGAAGAAGGCAAAGAGGAUGAGCUCGCGGUUCUGGCUGCCGUGGUAGCGGUAGUUGAUGUAGAACCAGUAGUAGAAGAUGGCGGCGGCGUACUUGCACGCAUUGGCAAUGUGCAGCCAGGCCGUGCGCUUGCUGUCCUCGAAACGCCGCAGACACUGCCCGAAACGCAGGAACGCGGGCACCGACUGCAGUGCGGCCGUCCAGAACGUGCCGUUCGGCUCGCAGACGCCGGGCGUCCAGUGGUUGUGGUAGCUGCAGCCCAUGAACCAGAGAUUCGAAAUUGGCCACGCCAGCGAGUUGAGCUCGUCGCCGAGGAAGAAGUCGCGGAACUCGACGCCGGCGAUAAGGCCCGCGCCAAAGACGCGCAGGAUGCUCGAGACGAACCAGCGCCGGCUGGGACGCAGGUUGACGGGCAGCGGGUCCAUCAUGAUGAGCACAACGAUGACGAGCCAGACCAGCGGCCACGUCGUCGGCGCGAUCGACGACGGGAACGGGUUGACGAAGGAGACCCAGAAGAAGACGGAGAGCAGCAGCAGCAGGAACGCCGGCAGCUCGUAGUACUCCUGGUAGUCCAUCGUGGUGCGCACGUCCCACUCGAAGAUGAAGGUGGCAUUGAUGCGCGCGGCGUGCCAGAUGGCCAGGUUGAAGCCAAAGAGCAGCGCAAAGAGCGAGCCGAUGAAGAAGGCGCCGUACAGACGCAGCAGCUCGCGCCACGCCGGUAUGUCGGUGCGCGAGCCGUUGUGCUGCUUCAUCGCCUCGACGAUGCCACCGACGACGGCACACAGCGUCACGCCGACAUAGAAGCCGGCGCGCGCCACGCUCAUGUGGUGCGAGUGGUGCUCGGGCCCGGCCGUCAUGCGCAGGCGCUGCAGUGCCUUCUUGCGGUCGCCGUGCUCAAAGUAGGCCGUGUAGAUCUCCUCGGUGCCCUCGAUGAGCUUCUCAACACUCUCCGACGUCACCAGGAAGGAGGGCGAGACCUUGGCGUGGAACCAGGCGUCGUUGAUGCCCGCGACGCCCGUGGCCUUCUCGAACUUCUUCAGCACCUUGCCGAAGCCGACGCGGUUGAGCACGCGGUAGUUCUUCAGCAGCUCGAGGCCGCGGUAGUACUCGAGCACGGCCGCCUUGAGCUUCUUGCGUGCGGCAAUGUAGCGCUGCGGGUCGUGCGACAUGGCGGCGGCGCGGAUGGCCUCGCGCGCCUCGGCCUCGUCGUGCGAGUCGUAGUGGCCCGUCUCGAGCAUGCGCUUGAGCGCGAGCGAGCGGCGCCGGUCGCCCUCGUCGCCUUCAACAGUGGGCGGGCUGUCCUCGCCUUGGGCGUGGGCAGGAUCACUGUGCGGACUGCUCUUGCCUGUGGAGCUCUGCGGCUGCGCAGCCGUGCCCUCGCUCGCUUCUUGUCCACGCUUCUUGCCGCCAAGGAGCGGCACGGGCGGCAGCCUCAUGCCCAUGCGUGACAGCCCAGUGUUGAGCUUGACCACCGCCGGCGGCUGGCGUGCCUUGUACUCGCGCCGAUGCUCAGCCAGCUCGCGCAGCUGCUGUGCCAGCAGCUCGAGCUUGGCGUGAGCCUCGCGCUCGCGCGCCUGGAAGAAGUCGUGCACGCGCUCGAUCUCGACAUCGAGGGCGCCAAAGAACUUCUGCUCCUCGGCGUCGAAGUUCUGCUGCACCAGCUGGUCCAGAGUGACGUGGUGUUGCCCUGCUCGAACGUG